AUGGUUGCCAACACCGAUGCCAAUAGGACAUCCAAAUUGACAGAAAGCACUCUACGCGGCAUAAUAAAACAAGAACUGUUAAUUGCGAUUGGAGAACUAGUCACAACCCAUCUAAACACAAUAAACGAACAAACAACGGGAUUCCAUGAGUGUAUGACUUUUAUAAACACACAGUUUGAAGAAAUGAAAGCGGCGAUGGCAAAAAAAUCAACUAUUAUCGACAAUCUAAAAAAUGAAAAUGAUCAACUGAAUGUGACGGUUAAAGACCUCAACACUAGGUUGAAUAUUGUCGAAUCCUAUCUGAGAGAAUGUAAUGUCGAAGUAAACGGUAUACCCGAGCACAGGACAGAGAAUUUGGUUAACACUAUGGUGCAGCUAGGACAAGUCGUAAAAAACCCUCUAUCCUCGGACGACAUUCAACAUGUUACUCGUGUAGCAAAGCUAAACAAAAACUCUGACAAGCCACGCUCUGUCAUUGUCAAACUCUGUACUACAAAACACCUUGACGCUUUUCUGGCUGCUGUAGCGCAAUUUAACAAAAAAAACCCUACUGACAAAUUAAAUUCUCAUUACCUAGGAAUCGGUGGAUCAUGUGCACCUAUAUAUGUCUCGGAACAUUUAACUCCUGGAAGCAAAUCUUUGCACGCCGCCGCGCGCCUAAAAGCCAAACAUAUGAAAUAUCGCUUUACUUGGAUUAGGAAUGGCAAAAUUUAUGUACGCAAAGACGAAUUUAGCCAGGCAUUACUAAUAAAAAGUGAAGAUAGAAGCUUAUUGUCUAAA